GUACAUCGCGACCUUCCGAGGUGAAGGUCACCAAUCCAAGAUGUCGGCCUCCAGUGGAAAGUCACCUCCACAGCAGAUCCCAAAGGUCCUCAAAUUCGUUUUUGGGGGUACUGCAGGGAUGUCUGCGACCCUUUUUGUACAGCCACUGGAUUUGGUCAAGAACCGGAUGCAGUUGAGUGGUGAGGGCGGUAGGGCUAGAGAAUACAAAAACAGUUUACAGGCACUCCAGACUAUCUUUAGGAAUGAGGGUCUAACAGGAAUAUAUACAGGGUUAUCGGCCGGCCUCUUACGACAAGCCACCUACACAACAACACGACUGGGAAUAUAUACAACGCUGUUUGGAUACCUAUCAAAGGAUGGUCAGAAUCCAUCAUUUUUCAUGAAGGCUGGGAUUGGUAUUACAGCAGGAGGUAUUGGUGCCUUUGUGGGGACACCUGCAGAAAUAUCUCUCAUUAGAAUGACAGCCGAUGGGAGGUUACCUGUAGACCAGAGGAGAGGCUACAGCAGUGUAUUUAAUGCUUUGUAUCGCAUUAGUACGGAGGAAGGCGUCCUAACUAUGUGGAGGGGUUGUAUGCCAACAGUUGGUCGUGCUAUGGUUGUCAAUGCUGUACAGUUGGCUGUAUAUUCACAGACCAAGGAACUUCUCCUGAACUCAGGAUAUUUCGGAGAUAAUUUGUUCCUGCAUUUUACGGCCAGUAUGAUCAGUGGGUUGGCUACAACUGCUGCCUCAAUGCCAGUGGACAUUGCAAAAACCAGAAUCCAAAACAUGAAGAUCAUUGAUGGAAAACCAGAAUAUAAGGGUGCAUUUGAUGUGUGGGCCAAGACUAUUCGACAGGAAGGAUUUUUCAGUCUUUGGAAAGGAUUCACGCCGUACUACUUCCGUCUCGGUCCUCAUACUGUAUUAACUUUCAUCUUCCUUGAACGAAUGAACAAAAUGUAUGCCAAAUAUGUGAUGGGGGACGCCUCAGCUGGAGGAGGAUUAUAAUGUGUCGAGGAGAUUUAGACAAAUGUUCAAUGAUUUGAUCAUCUUUUUAAGAUCUGUACACCAUUUCUUUUUAAGUUUACUGUAGGAUUUCUGUGCCAUUUGAAAUUCAUAUAUUUUUUUUUAAACAUCAAAUUUUUAUGUAAAAUAGGAAGUCAGCUACCAUUCAAAAUGUUGCCUUUGUAAAUGACAAAACAUACUUUUAGAUUAUCAUCCUCAAUACUCAUAUAUCAUAGCAAAAACGUCUUGGGUCGCCGACAUCGUGCGGAUUUAACAAUAAGAGUAGUUUGCCGCACAAAUAUCAAACGAAUCUUGAGGUCGUGAUAUCGUUAAAUUGACUGGGUUUGAACUUGGUUGUUGCUCCUCCGUAAUUUUCAAAAGAAGUACAUCAGCUAACUGAUUGGCCAGGUGUUUUUCCUGACACCAGUCAAAUAGCUAGUUCAAUUUUGCAGUGCCAUAUUCCAGGUGGUGUAGACAGUGAACGUUAUCCCUGGAGUAUCCAGGAUAAUUAACUCUACAGGGAAUACCACAUUGGUAAAUGGUACACAGCUGGAAGUAAAAGCCUACGCCUCUGUCCUUGCAAGACUUUUGUUUUGUAUAAAUAUAUAAACAUAUGAUAUAUGCAUCCAUGUAUGUUUGUACACAUUAUAUCUGCUUGAUUGGCUUUAUCUUAAUACUCGGACAUCUACAUCUUUUGUGUGCAAAAAAUUCAGGGGUUCGUGGCAUCACAUCCUUUAUUGAUAUUCCUGUCCGACUUUAAUAAACCGACCUAGAGUUGUUAUUUAUUACUUAAGUUUGUGUACUAUGUAGAGAACUAUAAAUUACUGUUAUUUUUGUAAAUUGACAAGAUUUAUCUUUUUUCACUUUCAACAGAAUGCUUAAAGCAACACAACUGCCUUGUCUGAAAUAUGAAAUAAAACAUGUAGGUAUGUUAUUAAUGUAUUGUCUAAAGCUGUUUCAGUUAAACAUCAAUUCCACCCAAUCCCCCCUUCAAAGUUUUAAUAUGGUGUAAUCCAUAGCAUUUAUUAAAUUAUUAAUCCUAAUAUCAAAAUCAUGGACAAAUUUAUUUAUUUGAAUGUCCUAGUGUUUGAUAAUGCAUUUACUUAGUGCAAGGGAAGACUUGUCCUGUUAUGUAAUCCUCGCACUUAUAAUUACAUACAGUUGGUACAAUGUAUGAUAUUGGAGGAAUAUGAAAUGUUCAUAAGUGAAAUACAUGUACAGUUAUAUAGUGUUCGGAGUUGUGAAUAUCAUUAGCAGCGUUCAUAUCAAAGAAAAUUAUAUCCAGUGUGCAUAUUUAUAUCAUACUUGCGUUUCGUACUCAUAAUUUGAUACUAAUUAUGAAUUUUGAAGUGAUUCCUAAAACUUAGUUCUACAUAUACCUGUGCUUGUUUUGAGUGACUUCCAUGAAAUCAUUUUCUCAUUGGUUCAUGUACAGGUUUUCUUCUCAUCAAUCAAUUGGUCAUCCAACAGUAAAAACAAAUUGAAUGGAUGAGGAACCUAUUAUGUGAAAAACACUGGACACAGUUUGAAAUUUUGAGUUAAAAUGAAAUAUUUGCUAAUAGUAUAUCUUGAUUUGUAAUUUUCUGAAUCUGCUGAAAAUCAUGUUGCUGACACUUUCUAAUUCUGGAAGUUAGUCAACAUUAAAAUCAUGGUUGAGAUUUAGCAACUUUUUAAAUGUCUGUUAAAGAUAUGGAGCAAUGCUGAUCUUCAUAGCUAAUUGAGAUAAAGAAUACCAAAAAAUGAAAUCAAUGGAAAAAUAUGAUUAACCGAUUUGUGUGCGAAACCAUAGGAUACAUGUUAUAUAAAGAGAUGAUAUUCUGCCUGUAAUUUUGUUGUGAGAAACAGGUUAUUAAACUUGUACAGUCAUAUAACUAAGAAUUAUUUUUAAUUUUCUUUGGAUGUAUGGUCUAAUGUGAUUUGACAGGAGAGAUAUCGUCUUUGAGUGUCAUUGUUUGAAAAACAGUGAAUGUCACUUUUGGUUUGGCUGCAUGUACAAUGUACAAAAUAUUUUCAUGACAAGGACUUAGGUUUCCUAUUGAACAUGUGUUUGAAAAAGUUUCUCAUUAAUGCUCAAAUGUCAGAAGGCUGACAUUAGAUGUGCCAGAGAUUUUGUAUCGUUGUAUAAUAAAUGAAAAUUUUCUGACUGAUCUAGUUUUGAAAAUGUGUGAACCUUUGAUUUGGUGAGUGACCUUUUCUAAAAAUAAACAAUACAUCUUAUAUAUUAUUAAGGUCUUCUGAAAGAUCUUUGAACUGAAGAAUAAAUGCUUAUAUGGAGUCGAAAUUAAAUUUUCAAAGCUAACAGAAGACAGCUGUUAGUCUAGAUAUGUAGCUGUUAUUUUGUUUACAGUUGACGAUUUUGCAGUUGACAUCUUAUGUGAUGAUAAAACUUUUAUUUGUUUGUAUAGAUAAGUUAGGAAUGUUCUAAACACAAGAUUUUUUUCCAGCCAGUCUGAAGAGUGUGUUAUAAUCUCACUGUGUAGAUAUUUGUUUCAGAGAACUGGCUGUACUCCACUGUGUAGAUAUUUGUUUCAGAGAACUGGCUGUACAUGUGUAUGGUGUCAUAAUAAAAGUGCUAAAUAGAAGACUAG